UAAUCAUUCUUUCAUAAUUGGUGUUUAUGUGAACAUUCAUCCUAUCUUAUUAAAUUUGUUGUAAGUUUACACCUCCCAAAAUGCAUUGUUCGCGUUCCAUUGCGAUAUGUUUAUUUUUAUGUGCGUGUUCUAAGCAAGUGGAAUCCUUCACAACUGAAGAUCUUAAUACCGAUUUGAAGUACAUAAAAACCUGUAACGUAACGUCGCCUAUUAGUAUGAGAACUAUUAAUGAAGUAUUGAUCAACAAAAAACUGGUUAUUGGCGAAUCGGCUGCUUUCAAAUGUUUUUUACGUUGCCUCUUUACCAAGUAUGGUUGGAUGGAUGAGGAAGGGGGAUUCCUUCUCCACGAUAUAAAAGUUUCAUUGAAAGAAGCAGAGGUUGAAAUAGAAAGCUUGGAGUUUAUCCUUUAUAUAUGUACAGCUAUAGAGUCAGCAGAUAGUUGUGAAAGGUCUUUUCUGUUCACGCAGUGCUUUUGGAACAAAAUGGCCGAGGUUUGCAUUAUGGUGAACUGCGAUAUAGCCACAAACUCCAUCAAGAAAACAUCGGAUUUGUAUAAUCUGAAAUCCGCGACAACCCCCUACCAGCUAAUCGAAACGUUGAGAAAGCAAGUUCUUGCGAAAGAAGAUGAACUAGUGAAAGCCGAACAGAUCAACCAGAGUUUUGAGAGAAUGAUUCAACUGGUGAAUAUUUUAGGUCAAGUCGAUUCGUUUUUGACCGAUCGAACUAAGACGAUGAUUAAAAAAAUCGCCAUGCUCGCAGAUGCUGAUGACGGAAAAUAUGAACAAGAAUAUUUCGGUCAUAAAAAUAAUCUGAAAAAGAAAUGAAAAUUUGCAAUGUAAUGAAUUUUAUACUUUUCGUACAAUAAAAACGUUUUUAUAAAGUU